AUUGUUAUUUUGUAAUUCUUUUAUAAAUUAAUUUUCAAUAUUAUCAAAAAAGUCAAUUCUUUUACGAAUCUUUUAAUGUUUUGAAUAUUUGUUAUAUUAAUUAUCGCAAAAAAUUCUACCAAUAUAAAUAAUUAAUGAAAAAAACGAAAACCAUAUUGAUAUAUAGAGCUUAUGGAAUUUUUCCGCUAUCUAUAUCACCUUCAUUCUUGAUCUUACUUAUUUUAUCUACGUAUAUCCCAUUCAUCGAAUCAGGAGGAAAACAAUAUUAUUUACCUCGCCCCAAAGACUGUCGUGGUCGAGAUUGUUCGAAUUCAAAAUGUACUUGCGUAGGCGAAAAAGGAGCGAGGGGUAUCCCAGGGCCUCCAGGACUUCAGGGCCUACAAGGGCCAUUAGGACUUCCCGGUGAUACAGGUAUAGAAGGAAUAAAAGGGGGAAAAGGAGAAAUCGGUGCACCUGGACCAAUGGGUCCCAAAGGCGAUAGGGGGAAAAUGGGUAUGCCCGGAUUUCCUGGUAUAAAUGGUAUUCCUGGUAUUCAAGGAUCUUCUGGUUCUAGAGGAUUUCCUGGAGCUGAUGGUUGCAAUGGAACGGAUGGAAUGAUGGGCUUACCUGGUCUUUUAGGCCCACCCGGACAAACAGGACUACCUGGGAAUCCUGGAUUAAAAGGGCUUAUGGGUGAACCAGCUGUUAUAGGCCAAGUUUCAACUGGACUCAAGGGGGAUUUGGGUAGAGACGGGAUAUCAGGAUUACCAGGUCUUCCUGGUAUAGACGGUUAUCCUGGAUCUAAAGGCGAUUUAGGAAAUUCUGGAUUUCCUGGAAUAGCAGGAAAUCGAGGUCCACGUGGAGAUGAAGGAAAUAUGGGAAUCGGACUUUGGGGGGAAAAGGGGGAGCUUGGCGACCAAGGACCCCCUGGUCCUCCCGGUCCUCCUGGAACAUAUCAAUAUCAAGAAGGCAUAGAAAGUUUAUUUGAGGGUCCCAGAGGCCCACCAGGAAAUCCUGGAUACCCAGGAGAUCGUGGAGAUCCAGGUCCUCAAGGAUUAGAUGGCGCUUUAGGAAAACCGGGUAUACCUGGAUUGAGAGGCUCAAAAGGUGAAAAGGGAAUAAUGGGUCCUGCUGGCAAACGAGGUAAAGAAGGACGUAUUGGAUUAUUUGGACCAUCUGGAUUUAAAGGUGAUCGAGGUGAUGAUGGGUUUCCAGGGGUUGAUGGACUAUUAGGUGAACCUGGUUUAAGAGGUGAUCCUGGCCCGGAUGGCCGGCCUGGCCUAUUAGGCGCUCCCGGAAUUGCUGGAAGCGAUAUGGAAGGAAGAACUGGGCCUUCUGGGGGAAUUGGAUCAGAAGGAGCAGUUGGGAGACAAGGUUCUCCAGGAACGGAGGGUUUAGCUGGGUUUCCAGGCCCUCGAGGGCCUGUGGGCCCUGUAGGUAGUCCUGGCUUGUCAGGUUUUCCUGGUAUUCAAGGCAUAUCUUCAGAAAAGGGGGAGAAAGGAGAUUCGGGCUUACCAGGUCUUCCCGGAACUCAGGGAUUUCCUGGAUUGCAAGGUCCUUCUGGAGCUAAAGGUGAGUUAGGAUAUGUUGGUGUACCUGGAAUGGGUAUUAGUGGUCCUACGGGAAUGGACGGAUUACCAGGAUUGGAUGGCAUCCCUGGGAACAAAGGAGAACGCGGUUUCGAUGGACCAGCCGGAUACCCAGGAGAAACAAUUGAUGGGGUAAGUGGUCCCACUGGGAUUCCAGGACCCAAAGGAGAACCGGGAUAUCUUGGUAUUAACGGCAGACCAGGACCAAUUGGUCCACAGGGAGGAAAAGGGGAACCUGGGGGCACAUGUAAUUUUUGCAGGUCAGGAGAAAAAGGAACAAAAGGUGAAAGAGGCAUGGAUGGGUUCCCAGGUAAACAAGGAGAAAGAGGUUCGCAUGGAGAACAAGGUGAAAUUGGCGAACAAGGGGAUGAUGGCGAUUCUGGACAACCAGGGAGAUCUGGAUUUGCGGGCCAACCAGGUUUAGAUGGAAUGAGUGGAUUUACUGGACAAAAAGGUGAGCCUGCACAAAUAGAUUAUACUCGCCUACAGUCCUAUAAAGGUGAAAAGGGAGAAUAUGGAAAUCCUGGAUUACCAGGACCACCAGGGGUGGCCGGAAAACCAGGACUAGCUGGCUUACCAGGAAAAUCUGGAGAUAGUUAUGAUUCGCUUAAAGGACCUAAGGGUGGCGCUGGAUUUCCUGGAAAAGAUGGUUUCGUAGGAAUGGCAGGAUUACCAGGAUUACCAGGUCAAAAAGGAGAACCAAGUUAUGGUCUUUCUGGAACCCCAGGCAUACAAGGGUCUCCCGGGAAUCCAGGUGCUCCGGGAUCUGACGGGUUAGCUGGAAUACCUGGAGAACCAGGUGCUGUGAUUGGAAGAGCCCUUCCAGGAAAUCCCGGAUUAAAAGGCCUUAGAGGUGAAGAUGGUUUUCCUGGAUUAGCCGGAUUUCCAGGGGAAGAUGGGAGACCUGGUUUAGAUGGGCUUCCAGGACUUCCUGGGGAACCUGGAUACGAUUCUUUAUCCACAAGCCAAGGACAAAAGGGAUUGUCAGGACCUAGAGGCGAUCCUGGAAAUGAUGGAUUUCCAGGCUUAGAUGGAUAUCCAGGGCCUAAAGGUCCCCCCGGAUUACCUGGAUUUCAAGGGAUAAAGGGAGAAGCUGGAGACCCCGGUACUGCUAGCUCAAUACAACCGUUGGAUGGACUUCCCGGAUUUAAUGGAUUAAAGGGAGAUAGAGGAGAACCUGGUUAUCCUGGUUUAGAUGGUUUCCCAGGAAUGGAGGGUUCUCCCGGACAACAAGGAUUACCUGGAUUAGAUGGACUUCCAGGCUUUCCCGGAUUAAAAGGAGACAAAGGGGAUAUUGGUCAACAAGGAUUCGGUUUACCCGGAACAUCAGGAGCUGAUGGUUACCCUGGUCCUUCCGGACAAUCUGGCAAUCCGGGAUUUAAGGGAGAACAAGGAUUUCCUGGUGCGAAUGGUCUUAAAGGUCUUGUUGGAGAUGCUGGCCUACCUGGAUUUCCGGGUCUCGAUGGAAUAUCCGGUGUACCUGGAGGACAAGGCUUAGAUGGACUACCAGGACUUCCAGGAAUACCUGGUGCUAAAGGUGAUUUGGGACUAGAUGGCCUACCGGGAUCUUCUGGAAACCCUGGUUUAGAUGGUUUACCUGGUAUAUCUGGACAAAAAGGGGAAAGGGGCUUUGAUGGAAUAAUGGGAUUACCUGGCUUACCUGGAUCCAAUGGCUAUAGGGGAGAAAGUGGUACACAAGGAUUUCCUGGUAGUCCUGGUAUACCUGGAAAAUCUGGAAUGCCAGGAAAUAAAGGAGAACUCGGAAACUCUGGGUUUUCAGGAAUUAUAGGCAAAUCUGGUUCUAAUGGAUAUCCUGGAGCACUUGGUGCUAAAGGGGAAAGAGGGGAAUCCUAUCCCGGAUUAAAUGGGAUGUCCGGUGAGAUGGGAUUAGCAGGUAUUGAUGGACUACCUGGAUCACCUGGUUCAAGAGGAAUGGGAGGAGAUAAUGGGUUGCCUGGACUUCCUGGGUUAAAAGGGGAAUCGGGUUUACCUGGAUUCAAUGGUCAAAAUGGUGGACCGGGAGAAGAUGGAUAUAUUGGGUUAAAGGGAGAAAGAGGAUUGGAUGGGACGUCAGGAACGCCUGGAACCAAAGGUCCUAUUGGUAUAUCGGGUGUAUCAGGGACACCUGGUAGGAAAGGAGAUGCUGGCGUUCCUGGCAUAUCUGGCCUUGACGGAUUUCCUGGCAUUUUGGGCGCAAAGGGAGAUUCAGGCACCCCAGGCCAACCCUCGUUUCAAUCUGGUCCACCUGGUAACGAUGGUUAUUCAGGAAUUCCGGGAACUCCAGGAUUCAAGGGCGAAAGAGGAUUAGAUGGUUAUCCAGGUGUAUCUGGUGCUAAAGGAGAGUUGGGCAGUUCUGGUUCCGAUGGAAUAGCAGGAAAACCAGGAUCCAUUGGUCCACCGGGGUUACCAGGUGGUAAUGGAACUCCAGGACCUCAAGGGUACCCAGGAUUGUCUGUUAAGGGAGCACAGGGUAGUCCGGGUGCUCCUGGCUUAGAUGGUUUACAUGGAGAAAAAGGAGACAGAGGGUUCUCUGGAGGUGAUGGCUUGCCAGGGUUGCCAGGAUAUCCAGGGAUGGGAGCAAGAGGAAUCCCAGGUGCUAAGGGAGAAUCAGGUACUCCUGGCUUUCCAGGUAGUCCAGGUUCUGCUGGGCCGAUUGGACCUCCGGGAGACGAUGGAUAUCCAGGCUUAAAUGGUUUAAAGGGCCAACCUGGAAAUUCUGGAGCUAAUGCUCUAUCUAAUCAGCAAGGUCCUCCCGGGCCAUCAGGUCUUGAUGGUCAACCGGGACCAUCUGGGGAUGAUGGAUCUUAUGGUUUAGAUGGACUUCCAGGAUUACCUGGAUUGAAAGGAUUAGUGGGUGAAUUUGGUUUUCCUGGCCUAGCUGGGAAUCCUGGGCUUCAAGGUCGCGAUGGGGAAAAGGGGUAUGACGGGGAUCCUGGUUAUUUGCCAUCCGAAAAUCAAUUAAUAGGACCAAAGGGUACUCUUGGAGCAGACGGUAUGUUGGGAUUGCCUGGAUUACCUGGUCCUGAUGGAUUCCCUGGAUUAGCUGGAUCCCCUGGAUUCAAAGGUGAAAUAGGUUUGCCAGGCAUAGACGGAAUACCCGGACCUUCAGGCUUAGGUGGUGAGAGAGGUAAUCCUGGGAGACCAGGUCCACCUGGAUUAGAAGGAUCUGCUGGCCCUCCAGGUUAUCCAGGGAUAAAUGGUAUAUCUGGCUCUCCUGGUAUGAUUCCCCCUGUUGGUUUCUUAUAUGCGCGCCAUAGUCAAACUCCAGAGACACCUCAAUGCCCACCUGGUCAAAAUAAAUUAUGGGAUGGCUACAGUCUAUUAUAUUUUGAGGGAAACGAAAAGGCUCAUAAUCAAGAUUUAGGUUCAGCUGGCUCAUGUGUACGACAUUUUAAUACUAUGCCAUUUUUAUUUUGCGGUACAAAUAAUAUAUGCGAUUAUGCAACUAGAAACGAUAAAUCAUAUUGGCUCUCUACAUCAGCCCCUAUUCCAAUGAUGCCAGUAGGAGACACUCAAAUAAAGCCUCAUGUUAGUAAAUGCGCUGUAUGUGAAUCGCCCUCAAAUAUUUUAGCUGUUCAUAGUCAAUCACUUAAUAUACCGGAGUGCCCUACCGGCUGGACUGGAUUAUGGAUUGGUUAUAGCUUUACAAUGCAUACGGCUGCUGGUGGAGAAGGAGGUGGUCAAACUUUAUCAAGCCCUGGCAGUUGUUUAGAAGAUUUUAGAACAACUCCCUUCAUAGAAUGUAAUGGGGCAAGAGGGACAUGCCAUUAUUUUGCCAAUAAAUUUAGUUUUUGGUUAACUACUAUUGAAGAUUCUCAACAAUUUGCAAAGCCAAUAGCGCAAACAUUAAAAUCUGGAAAUUUACGAUCUAAAGUAGGAAGAUGUCAAGUUUGCCAAAAGGCUGUUUAAACUAUGCAAUUAUCAACAAUACUGCCAACUAUAUAUAUAUAUCCGGUAAAAAAUUAAUAUAAUCAAUCGCAUUUAAUUUG